AUGGUGUCCUUCCACAUCACCGAGCCCCAUCCCUCCGUCGGCUCCACCUACAUCUACUCCGGACGUGGCGGCGCCGGCAACGCCAUGCGCAUCAAGCCCAGCGAAGUCACACCCGGCCAAACCGCCUCAGGCCCAGCAUCGCGCGUCAAGCUCCCUGCUCCCCCAACCAACGCCUUCUACGCCACCGGACGCGGAGGCGCAGGCAACAUGAAGAAGAGCGAGCGCGCCAUGUUCAGCUUCGACGAGGAGCUACAACAGCAGGAGCGCCUGCGAUCGCAGCAAGCACCCGUCUACCACAUUGGCCGCGGUGGCGCUGGCAACCUCGUCGACGAGAUGAAGCCCCGCUCGCAGCGCCAGAACUCUUCAUCAUCAACCUCUUCAGUUGAGUCGGAGAAGGAUGGUGUACGUCGCAGCGUCGACAGUGCGUGGAAGCGCCUGAGCAGGCAGUUUUCUCACCAGUAG